AUGAGUAUCAGCUGCGCGUUGAAGGUGGUUGCGAUUGUGCUUCUGUUGGUUCUUUUCGCAUUAGAUAAUCAACUGUUAUUUUUUGUUUCUAACUUCUUGUAUAAGCCUCCAUCAUGUGAAUUCCAGGCUCAUAAAGGUGAUAGAGUAAAAGUACACUAUCGGGGGAAGCUCACUGAUGGGAAGGUUUUCGAUUCCAGUUUUGAAAGAGGUGAUCCCAUUGAGUUUGAGCUUGGUAGUGGACAAGCUUUCCGCCAGAGUGAUGGCAGGUGGCGCUUUAGUUCUAAUAAUCCUGAAUCUAAUGCCUUUGUCUUUGGAAUAGCACUUGAAACACUUGCAGGAGUUGUUUCAUUAGCAUCUCUUGAACUUGACCAAUCUUUGUUACUUGCUGGCUUUUAG